AUGAAACUAUUCACUACCGCAGUCGUGCUGUGUAUUGCCAGCAGCGUCGUCGCAGAUGUCGCACACGUAAAGGCUGCCAAAGCGAAGUUGAUCAGUCAUCUGGCAGGCAACGGAAAAUAUCACAAAAGAGGCAUACUGUCUCACGUGCCACCCUUCAAAUUGGGGCAUGAUAUACCCCUUGUUACUCACUCCGUAGUCAAGCCACUAGUGGUGAAUUACCCACCCACAGCAACCAUUGCAUCAGUUAAAGUUCCCCUUACAAAUCCCCAGAGGUAUCCGGUAGGUGUAGGACACAAGGUGACGGGGCUGCCACAUCCACAUUAUGCACUACGGUUUCCUCACACCAAAUAUUACGUGAAACCCGAUCAUCAUUUUCACCAUCACCACCAUCAUGUAGAACCUAAGCCUGUAGUACCUGUGGUGCCGGCCCCGGUAGUUCCGGUGGGCCCCAUCGUGCACACGGCCCCUGUUGCACAUCCUCUCCCCGCUGCUGUACUGCCAGCUCCACCUGCGCCGAUUGCUUCACCACCGCUAGUGUUUCCUCAUAGCCUUAAACCUCUUCUUUCUGCAGCUUCCAUACCUCUAACUCCGGGCGUGCUUCCUCGUCAAGUAUUUCCUCUACAACAGCAGUACGUUAUCCGUCCAGGUGCUGCAGUUCAAUCGUCAUACUUUGCCACCUAUCCCCGAUAUCCGUUAAUUAACAGUUACCAAGCUCCAUUGUUUCCAGUGCCUGCGAUUUCUGCAAUUAAUGAUAUACCUACUGCACCUUCAGUCCAUCAAGUAAUUCAAUCUCAUAAUCCGCAUUUUCACCUUGUACCUCAAGCUUAUCCCCAAGAAAGCCCAGUAGAACAACACAAUCCUAACGUCGCUUACGAACAGUCUCCUACACUGGUUUAUAAUAGUCAUGACGUCCCACAACCCGCUGUUCACGUUCACCCAACCCAAGAAACAUUUUUACAUCCAACAUUUAAUAUUCAACCAACCCAAUUUAUCCCUCAUUCCGCUGUACCUUUGCAACCAACACAGCCUUCAAUACCGGUAGAACAUGAUGGUUGGUCUCCAGUUCCAUCCAAUCCUGAGACUUCACACCACGAUGGGGUAGCGCAAGCUCAUCAAUUUGUACAGGAGCAAGGGACGCAAGUGUACGAGCAGCAUGAUUUCCAGCAUCAGAUUCACCAGCACAUCCAACAACAGAUUGAACAAGCCCAAUAUGAGCAAAGUUUGCACAACCAACAUCACCUACAGCAGGAAUAUGGAGUGCCUCAGGUCAGCCAUGACCACGCCCAACCAAAUCCAAACCAAGGUCAAGAUUUUCUACAGCAGGCCCACGAUUUAUCCCAUCAUAGUCAUGACUUAAAUCAGCAAGGUCAUGAUUUGACCCAGCAUGGAUAUGAUUUUUCUCAGCAAGGGUACGACUUUUCCCAAGGACAUGGUUUUUCCCAGGCAGAUUUCGCACAACAAGGACAUGACUUUGAACAAGGCGAAGACCUCGGACAGCAUCCCAGACCUGAGUACGGCGUGCCUCAGUCGGAAGGGCGCAGCACGGACGAUGACAUUCAACAGUUCCACAACCAUAUCCCUCUGUCUCUUCAACCACCAAUCGACAGACCGUUAGAUCACUUUCAGUAA